GAUGGCGCUGAAAGAGGAGAGUCAAGAUCUGAAUGAAAUGGAAGAGAAAGAUCUGCAUGAAAAACAUCAUGAUUUCAUAACUGGAGAAAAAUCUUUUUGUUUUUCACAGACUGAAAAUACUUCCUCUCAAAAAAGAGCACAGAAGACUAGAACUAGAAGUAAUUUCACCUGCCAACAAUGUGGAAAGAAUUUAAACAAAAAAGAAAGCAUUAAAAUUCACAUGAGAAUUCACACUGGAGAGAAGCCUUACACCUGCCAACAGUGUGGAAAGAGUUUCCCAAGAAAAGACAAUCUUAGGAUGCACAUGAAAAUUCACACUGGAGAGAAGCCUUACACCUGCCAACAGUGUGGAAAGAGUUUCCCACGAAAAGAAAGUCUUAGGAUUCACAUGAGAAUUCACACGGGAGAGAAGCCAUUUGAAUGUGGUCAGUGUGGAAAGAGUUUCCCUCAUAAAGCAACCUUUCAUUCUCACAUAAGAAUUCACACUGGAGAGAAGCCUUACACCUGCAAACUGUGUGGAAAAACUGCGAACCACAAAGGAAAUCUUAAAGCUCACAUGAGAGUUCACACUGGAGAGAAGCCUUUCACGUGUGAUCAGUGUGGAAAAUGUUUCGUACGUAAGGAAGGCCUUAAUAAGCACAUGGAGAUUCAUUCAAGAGAGAGCUGUUUUAUAUGCCCUCAGUGUGGAAGUACAUUCACAGACAGGAAACACUUUAAGAGCCACGUAAUAACUCACAUCAGACAUGAGCCUUUUAUGUGUCAUCACUGUGGAAAGACUUUCACAAGAAAAACAAACCUCAAUACUCAUACGAGAAUUCACGCUGGAGAGGAACCUUUAACGUGAACAAUGUGGAAAGAGUUUCAGAUGGAAAACAACCCUUUAUACCCACAUGAGAGUUCACACCACAGAGAGGCCUA